UUCUGUGCCCCGACUGGGAAGUGAGGGUAAACAUGAAGGGUCCCUGUAAAUCGUCUGCAAAGAAUGAAGAUCAACAGGGAGAAGUAGCGGCCACUGCGUGUAAGGCAGAGAAUUUCUGGACCGCAGAUUCACGCUUUGCUCUGGAAACAGAAGGCACCCAUAGUCUUGGAGAACCGGUCACGGCUGCCCUUUAUUUGGAGUCUUGCCAGGCCCUUAGUGUUGUGCCGGCUUCUUGUCUUCUGCGCCAAGGGAGUGCCUCUGAAUUGAACCUUCGCCACCGUGGCCUGGGGCCCCAGGGGGCCCGGGCUCUGGCUCCCAUGUUGACCUCUAAUGUCUACAUCAAGCGUCUGGAUCUUCGGGACAAUGGGCUCUGUGUUGCCGGGGCGGAGGCUCUGGCUGAUGUCCUGUGUAAGAACAGCAUUAUCUCUGAUGUGGACCUGUCAGAGAACCAGAUUGGAGCUGCAGGGCUCCAGGCUCUCUGUGCUGCUCUUGCCGUAAACCCAGCUGUGCAGAAGAUGCAGCUGGGAGGGAACAGGCUGGAGGAGAAGGCCGCCCAGCACCUUGCUGCUCUUCUGCUGCGGCACACGAGCCUGCAGUCCCUAGACCUCAGCUAUAACCAGCUCAAUGACCUGGCAGGAGAGACGCUUGGACCUGCCUUGGCAGAAAACACAGGACUCACAGAGCUUAACCUCAGUUGGAAUCAUCUUCGAGGCCCAGGAGCCAUUGCACUUGCCAAGGGCCUGGAGGCAAAUAUAUUCUUGAAAGUCCUAGACAUCUCUCAUAAUGGCUUUGGAGACUCUGGAGCCUCUUCAAUAGGUGAGGCCCUCAAGGCCAACAACGUGUUGGAAGAACUAAACAUGAGAAACAACCGAAUCUCUAUGACAGGGGCCUUGAGGUUGGGGCUGGGUCUGCAAGUCAACCAGACACUGCGAAUUCUUAUUAUUUCCAAGAAUCCCAUUCGAAUUGAAGGAUACGUCAGUCUCCUUAAGUCCAUCCGGAACAACAGAUCAUCUGCCCUGGAGCUGCUGGACCUCUCUGAGGUCCAAGUGAACAGGGAAUGUGAUGACCUCACCAACUCAGUGACCGCAAUUCUUCCAGGACUUUGUAUAAAGAAUAACACUUCCAGAAGAAAAGACUGGCCACCAGCCUCCACACCAUCCCAACCAGCACCUGCUCCAACCGACUCUGGUCUCGUCUCUAGUAUGCCACUCUGAUGCCACACUGAUGACCAUUCACUACACAGCGUGCUCUACGGCAUCUGCCACAACCUGGGCUUCGUAUGCUAUGGCUCAUUCACCCAACCAAAAAACCUCCCAUGAACAACACGAACACAAGAGCAAUGACAUCUCUGUCAUCCAGGGGUUCAUAUUCUGGUGACCCUGUUAGACAAAAUAUAAGGAGAAAUGCAAAUGAAAUUCCCAAGCUCUUGCAAGAAGGCAAACAGUCACAACCGAUUGGAAGGCAACUGCUCAUCACAUUCCAAACAGUAAAAUGACCCUUGUGCUUCAGUCUAUCCAACUGAUUAAUCUGCACUGCAGAAAUAACUAGAGCUGCAUAGAAAAACUGCUGCUGACCGGCCAGGGAGUGUAACUCAGUAGUGUUUGCUUAGUACACAGAAAACGCUGGCUUUGAUUUCACAGCACUGCAUAAAGAAGCACAAACCUGCAUGCCUGCAAUUCAAGCCCUCCAGCAGUUAGGCAGAAGAAACAGAAGUUCCAGGCCAUCCUCCACAACCUAGUCGAGUUUGAGGCCAGCCUGAGCUACAGAAGACCCUGUCUCAAAAAAGAAAAGUAAAAAAGUUAUCUGGCCGGGCGU